AUGAAAAAAAGAAGAAAUCACAAUAAAAAGAAAAAGGAAAAUAAAUCAAAUAAAUUAAAAGAGCUUUAAUGUUUUAAAUUAACUUUUUUUAUUAAAAUAUUACAAUCUGAAACAAAUAAACUGCUUUUAUUAGGUGUAAGUUUUAACACAAAAAAAUAAAGAAUAAAUAUCAAAUAAUAAAAAAUGAAUAAUAAAUAAUUAAAAAUUAAAUUGAAAAUGAAGUUAACAUACCUAAAUUAUUUUUUUUUUAAUAAAAAUCAAUAAGUAAUCAUGAUAAUUUCUAUAAUAAAAAUUAUUUAUUUAAAUAAAUUGAAAGUUAAAUAAAAAAAAUAUUAAUAAAUAAUAAAAAUAAUAAAUAUUAAUUAAUAAAAUAUACCUCAAAUUAAUUUGGAGAACCUAAUGAGAUAAAAGUGA